UAGAGGGAACAGUGCAUUAGUCGUGUGCUAUAGAACGUGCUUUGUAAUCUACAUGGUGGAAAAAGUGGACUUUAUUUCUGGGGGGCCAUCUCCACAGCCAACCCUUCCCCCACAUUUUUUUCUCUUUUUCUUCCUCUUUCAAGGCCCUCUGCCAACUCUCUUUUCAGGUGGUGGUGUUGUGGGCCGAUUGCCCAGACUCGGUUGAUCCCACGCCAUGGCGGCUGCGCGAUGGCGAGGCGCAGCAAUGCUCCUCCUCUUCGUCGCAUUGGUGUCGCAGUUUCUCCCCGGGACAGCUAUCUAUUGUGAAGAAGAUGACUGCUAUGAUCUGCUGGGGGUUCCGGAAACUGCAUCGCAAUCGGACAUCAAGAAGUCCUACUAUAAACUGUCGCUUAAAUAUCAUCCCGAUAAAAAUCCUGAUCCAGAGACCAAACUCAAGUUUCAAAAGAUCGCAACUGCCUAUGAGAUUUUGAAAGAUGAAGUCAAGCGGGAACAAUAUGACUAUGCCAAAGCUCAUCCAGAGCAGUUCUUUUACAAUACGGCCCGCUAUUAUCAAGCUUACUACGGGCCGCAAGCGGAUUUACGCGCAGUUCUUGUUGGUGUUUUGGUUUUAUUAUCGUUCUUCCAGUUUCUGAACGAGAAGAUCCGCCACGCUCAGAUGGUGGACAUGGUGAAACAAACACCAGCAUACAAGAACAAACUAAAAGCUCUUGAAUUGGAACGUAACGGUGGAGUUACCAACAAGAAAAAGGCUCCAAGAAACCGGAGGGUGGAAGGUGCAGAUGAUUUGAGCAAAGAGUUGGACUUGCAGAUUGCAGGAGCUGAACGACCCACUGUUUGGAGACUGUUGGGUGUCAGAUUUAUUCUCCUCCCGUAUACACUCGGAAAGUGGGCAACAUGGAAAGCAUCGUGGAUUUGGCGUUACUGGAUUAAGAAGAUGCCUUACACCUGGGCUGAUGCAUCAUAUCUGACCCGUUCUAGCCUUGGAAUCUCUUCGACAACUUGGAAAAGCAUGAAUGACAAAGUAAGAGAUGACCUGGUCGUGAAGAGAUUGUGGAUAAAGUCGAAUUUGGAUGCGUACAAGACAGAGAAGUCCAAAGACUCUAGGCGGCGGAAAUGAGCCUUUUGUUCACCAACCCGACAGUCGAUUGCUCUUUGGCUUGGAUAGAAUUUGAGUUCUAUAGGGGCUUUUGGAAUUUUUAAGCUCAACAUUUCGAGGUUCUAGUAUUUUGCAUUUAGAUGACCAACAAAAACAGCUUUUCGUAAGCUGAUUGACCUUGUUGGGUAACUAUGGUCAUCUGGAUAUGUUCUCGAAGACCCUCCAAAUGCAUUAUGAAUUCCUUGGUUGGUCUGGUGUUUAGUGACAUCAGCUGACUUACCAAAAGAGAUUUACGUUCA